GAAAACAACCCGCACGUAUUUGCAUAUCAUUUGCAUAUCACACGAAGAGGUUCUCAAGGCACUUCUCAAGGACUAGAGACGCGUCAGAACAGAACUGAAUCGAGUUUUAAACAGAACUGAAUUGAGCAGAAUACAACAGUUUUAUCAGGACAGAGCAGAACAGAGCACUGUCAGAAUAUCAUAGAGUUUAAUAACGACAGACUGGAAUAGAACUUUAUUCGAAUGAAAUAGAAUUACGACGUGUCGCAAUGAGGGAAUUGUUACAGUAGUAGUAAUCAUAAUAGAUCAGAAUAGCGAAUAGAAUUGUAGAAGAUUAGAAUAGAGAAGAUUGGGCACAGGUUCGCCUCACAGCUCCAGCUCCAGGGUCGGGGGUUUGAUUCCUGACGCUGCCCUGUGUGUGCGGAGUUUGUGUGUUCUCCCUGUUCUGCGGGGGUUUCCUCUGGGUACUCUGGUUUCCUCCCCCAGUCCAAAAUGAUGCACGGUAGGCUGAUUGGCGUAUCCAAAGUGUCCGUAGUGUGUGUGAAUGUGUGUACAGAUGUGCCCUGUGAUGGAUUGGCACCCCGUCCAGGGUGUACCCCGCCUUGUGCCCGAUGCUCCCUGGGAUAGGCUCCAGGUUCCCCGUGACCCUGAAAAGGUUAAGCGGUAUAGAAGAUGGAUGGAUGGAUGGAUGGAUGGUAUGUUACAUCAAAAAUGUACCAAUGCUGCCCCCUAGUCGUAGUCUAGUGGUACUCUUCUGUAGUGCAGCGGUUCUUAACCUUUUUGCGAAUGCGACCCACUUUGUUUUAUUCCUUACAUAGGUCAGAUAGGACAUGGCAGUAAAGUCUGAACUGUACACCACCCGUUCUAUUUAUAGGUGUGUAACAAGACACUCCUACAGAAUCAGCUUUCCCAUAGAUAAAGAAGCAAAAGUAAAAGCAGCUCACUUUAUUCACACGUCUUGUUCCGUCUCCGCGAGCGCAGUAAAAUGGCAGAAGCUGUUCUAACAGUGCAGGACCCGUUCUGCUGUCCGGUCUGCCUGGAUCUCCUGAUGGACCCAGUGACGAUUCCAUGUGGACACAGUUACUGUCUGAAAUGUAUUAAUGGCUGGUGGGAUCAAAAAGGACUCUACGUUUGUCCCCAGUGCAGAGAGACGUUCACUCCGAGGCCUGCUCUCAAGAAAAACACCAUACUGGCUGAACUGGUUGAGGCACCGAGGAAGACGAGACUUCAAGCAGCUUGUGUUGCGGUCUCUUAUGCUCAACCUGGAGAAGUAGAGUGCGACGUCUGCACUGAGAAAAAGCACAAAGCCGUCAAGUCCUGUAUGGUGUGCCUGGCCUCGUAUUGCGAAGCUCACAUUCAGACUCACUACGACAGUCCUGCGUUAAAGAAGCACAAACUGGUCGAGGCCUCCGUGAAUCUUCAGCAGAAGAUCUGCUCUCGGCAUGGCAAGCUCCUGGAGAUUUUCUGUCACACCGAUCAGAAGUUAAUUUGUUGCUUGUGUGUAAUUGAUGAACAUAGUGGUCAUAAGACGGUCUUACCUACAGCAGAAAGAGCUGAAAGACAGAAGCAAUUGGCGGAGAUCCAGAAAGAAUCCCAGCAGAGAAUCCAACAGAGAGAGAAGAAAGUACGAGAGCUGAAACAGGAUAUGGAGUCUCUGAGGCUCUCUGCACAGGCUGCUGUUAAAGAAAGCGAGAGGCUCUUGACUGAUCUAAUUGAGUCCAUUGAGAAAAGACGCUCGGAGGUGAAGGAACUGAUCCAGGCUCAGGAGAAAGCUGAAUUGACGCUAGUUGAGGGAGUUAUAGAAAACCUGGAGAAGGAGCUUGCUGAUCUGAGGAAGAGAGAUGGUGAGCUGGAGAAGCUUUCACAGACAGAUGACCACAUCCAUUUCCUCCAGAGUUUCCAGUCUUUCUGUGUCCCUCUAGCAGAAUUACCCAAGUUUAUGAUCAGACCUCAAUUUUCCACUGAGGAACUGAGGAAAGCCGUGUCUGGAGUGACGGAACAAGUGGAAAAGUUCGAUAAACUGCAAUUACUCAAAUCUGGAGGCCACAGUGCCUCGUUGGCCGAGCCAAAGACCAGAGAAGACUUUAUGAAAUAUUUCUGUCAGCUGACUCUGGAUCCAAACACGGCACACCAUCGGCUCCGUCUGUCUGAGGAGAACAGAAAAGUGACGGUGACUCGUCAGGCUCAAAACGCUCCUGAUCAUCCCGAGAGAUUUGACAUGAUACAGCAAGUUCUGUGUAAAGAGGCUCUCUCGGGGCGUUGUUACUGGGAGGUCGAGCAGGUUAGCCAGUGCAAUUCUACAAUCGCGGUCGCUUAUAAAAGCGUCAGCAGGAAAGGCCAGAGCAACGAGUCUAGCUUCGAGCAAAACGACAAGUCCUGGUGUUUCACUUGUUUUAAGUCGAAUUACUUCUUCCGACACAAUAACAGGAGCAUCGAGGUCCCUGUAGAGUCAUUCUCCUCCAGAAUAGGAGUGUAUCUGGAUCACAAGGCAGGAACGCUGUCCUUCUACAGUGUCUCGGACACCGUGACUCUUCUCCACAGGGUCCAAACCACAUUCACUCAGCCCCUCUAUGCUGGCUUUCAGAUUUACGGUUAUAAUAACUAUUUUCGAAUAUGUGGUCCUAAUCUGUAAAAGCCUGACGUGUCCAUUAUGUGCUUGCCUAAAUUGUGUAGUGUCUGAUAAAUUGCCUGUCAUAAAAUGAUGCAUAAUUCAAUGUGUAUUUUAAAUUCGAUUAAAUAUUUUAUCCACCGUGUACAUCAUGAUGUGCAUAUACAGUAUGUAUAUAAGAAUUAUACUGUUCGUUUUAUUUUGUAGUCAUGCCUGCACUUUACUAAAA